AGCGAACGAAAGCUCUCCCAUUUGGCACCUGCGCAGUAGACCGGGCCCGCCCCUUUCUCCUCCCCCUCCCACGGUAGACAUGGCUGCUCCCUGGGCGCCUUUCGCCGCAGCGGUUACUAGCUUCCUCUUUAUCCGCGGUAGAAGUGGACUGGCCCGGAGCCGAGUCGCCUGGAAAGCAGCGGCAACUGAGCAGCGAACGGUAGCUGGGACCCAGGUAUUAAGGCUAAUACAUACCACCAGCACAACACAGAAGAAAAAUGUUGCAGCCUCAGGACGUGAAGAAUAUACAGUAGCUUUUAUUAAAAAACAGAUUGAAGAAUUCAACAUAGGAAAGAGACAUUUAGCCAACAUGAUGGGAGAGGAUCCAGAAACCUUUACCCAAGAGGAUAUUGAUAGAGCUAUUGCCUAUCUCUUCCCAAGUGGCUUAUUUGAAAAAAGGGCCAGGCCAGUUAUGAAGCAUCCUGAUGACAUUUUUCCAAAGCGUAGAGCAAUCCAAUGGGGAGAAGAUGGCCGUCCAUUUCACUUUCUAUUUUAUACUGGCAAGCCAUCAUAUUAUUCAUUAAUGCACGAAGUAUAUGGAAUGAUAUUACACCUAGACAAAUCCUCAGAUCACCUGACAGCCAAAGGUUUAUUGCCACAAAAAAAUAAACAAGACCUGAUUGGCAGCAGAUGGCUGAUUAAGGAGGAACUAGAAGAAAUGUUAGUGGAAAAACUGUCAGAUCAAGAUCAUAUGCGGUUCAUUCUACUACUGGAAAGGUUAUUGACAUUGCCAUGUGGUAGCACUGAAGAAGAAUACAUACACAAGUUUCGUAAAGCUAUACCUGUUCAGUCCAAAAAGAAGCUGAUUGAGCCUCUACAAUGUGAUGAGCAAGGAAUGGCCUACAGCAGUGGGGAAGGCAAAAGAAAAACUGCAAAAGCAAAAGUAAUGAUUUAUGAACAUGGAAGUGGAAGAAUAAAAGUGAAUGGGGUAGAUUAUUUGCUUUACUUUCCAGUAACACAGGACAGAGAACAACUGAUGUUCCCAUUCCAUUUCCUUGACCGACUUGGAAAGCAUGACAUGGACUGCACAGUCUCAGGUGGAGGGAGAUCUGCACAAGCAGGAGCAAUUCGUUUAGCUACUGCAAACGCAUUAUGUAGUUUUGUCUCUGAAAAUGAAGUAGAAUGGAUGAGACAAGCUGGUCUGCUGACUCCUGAUCCUCGUGUCAAAGAACGGAAGAAACCAGGCCAAGAGGGAGCCCGCAGGAAAUUCACCUGGAAGAAACGCUAAGUCUUAUUCAAAGAAAAGGAUUGACUAUGCUGGCAGCACUUUUAGAAAUUUUUUGAUCUGUGUAGUUUAUUUUUGAACUAUAUUAUGUCCUUAUAGUUGAAAAUUAACAACAACCACACACAGAACACACACAUUUCUAUCCAGUUUGUUUUUCUUUAUUUUUAAAAUCCUCUUGGAAAAUUAUUUUAGAAACAUAUUUUAUAGAAUAUCAGAACUGAAGUGAAUUUUAGAAAAUAUCUAAUCCAACUCCCUCAUUUUGCAAAUGAGGAAAUUAAAAGAAAAAAAAAUUUUUUUUCAUUGCUUGAUCUCUUCCACCUGCCUCCUCUCUCAAAAAAAAAUUCAUUGCCUGCUGGAAAACUUGAGUAGUGAGCAUAUCUCCUUUACAAGGCUGCUCUUCAGAUGCAAUCUAUCACCAGGACCAUAUUUGAAUCUUUUUCAGCUUUAUAAAAUCUUUCUAAAGAACGUACAUCCUUGUGGCAUAGGCUUUGAUAAUUCCACAUGAGUAGGACUUUUGGAAAAGCCCUCUAACUAUAGUGUUUGGAAAACUUUUUACUGUAGUAGAAUGAAUGAAUGGAAAGCAUUUAUUAAGCACUAUGUGUCAUGCCCUGUGCUUUAAGCUGUGGAGAUACAAAUACAAAAGUGAAAUCAUCCCUAUCCUCAUAUUAGCUUAUAUUCUAAUGGAGGAGGCCACACAUAGAUAAGAGUAGAGGCCAGGAAGGGAGUUGUGGUCUGGGAAAUCAGAGGUCAUGGGAAGAUGGUAAUGGAACAAUAAAGCAGUCCAUUAACACACCCUUUCAGAGGCAGUAAUAGUGAUGAUUUGAUUACAAUUCUCUGGGAGAGGUGGAAGGAAAGGAAUAGAAAGGUGUGGGAAAUGGGUAAAGAUGAAGAUUCCUGGUCCCAAGGAGUACAGAGAGGCUGCAACCACCUCCGGUGUGAAAAAGGAGCAGCAGAGCAGGAAAGGCCAGGGUAAAGAUAAGUAUGUGUGGUCCCAGGAAGGACAGAACCAAGUAGCUUAGGAGGAGUACUGGGGUCAGGAUCUGCAUUGAGAGCCUGGCUUUUUCACUUACUACCUGUAUAACUUUGAAUAAGUCCUUUAAUUUCUCUGAGUUCCUCUUUCCUUAUUUGUAAAACAAAGGUAUUGAGCUAGGUGACAUUUGGGAUUCCUUCUAACUCUUCAUCUACAAUUUUAAAAAUAAAAUUCCAUUAAACUGAAAAGAUAGUCAUUACAAUAAGUUUUUCCUGUAAGUAAUCCAGAAGCACAGUUCUGUCCAUGUCAAUUCCUUACAACACAUUUCAGGGCUCACUUAAUGCCACUGGAAUCAAAUAUCAGCUCCUGUUUGUCAUUCAAAGCCCAUCACAACCUGGCCUAAACCUAACUUUCCAGUCUUCUUACAUAUUACUCUCCUUAUUUCACACACUGUGGUCCAACCAGACUGUCCACCUCUCUCAUACCUAGCACUCCAUAUCCCAUCCCCCUGCCUUUGUAUUAGCCGACCCUGGACCUGGGAUUAACUCCUACCUCAGUUCUGCCUAGAGCCCCCAGUUCACUUCAAGUUCAUGCUGCUGUCUAAGUCUUUCCUAAUUCUGCUUCGUUUCUUCCCACCCCAACUAUGCCUUCCUCCCAAAAAUGUCUUAUUUACAUAUACAAAAACAUACAUACAUAUAUGUGUGUAUGUAAGUACAUGAUAUGUACAUGUCAUCUCCUCUGGCUAAAUUAGGAGCUUCUUAAAGAGACUUUUUCGUUUUUGUCUUCAUGUUUCCAACACCUCACUCAUAGUAGGUGCUUAAUAAAUGCUGUUGAUUGAAUGAAUUAAACACUUGUUGACAGGGAGCUCUGCUGCUACAAUAGUGAGGACUACAAAGGUAACUAUGAUACAUGGUUCCUGUACUAAAGAACUUUACAGUCUAUUGGAUUUUGGAAAAAUAUGAAAUCUUCAGAUGCGUGUUUACAUUUAAUAUUGCUCUCAAAAUAUGCACAUAGACAGGUUUUUCUCUAUUCAGAAACUUCCACCGAUUUUUAAUGUAGGCUGCAUAUGAUAAAGCCAUUAGGUGGCAGUCUGUGAGUAGUUUACACAUCUUUACAAAGUUUCGGUAUGCUAACUGCUAUAGAAACAUUGAGUAUAUGUGACCACAAUAAAGAAAAACUUAUGACCAAGCUCUCUUUUGAGCUAAUAUGAAAUAUAUGCCACAGAAACUGUGGGCUUCUAUGUAAAGAAAUUUUUGAAAAAACUGGAAGAUUAUGAAGAAAAAGGAGCUGAGACUCAGAAAAGCCAAGUGAGUUAUGUGCAAGCCUACAAGAGAAAUAAAAUCUUUUUGUGAAAACAAUCCAUCCCUAUA